GGAUCUCUAUAUUUUGUGAACUUCCAAGAUAUGAGUGCUGUUCCAGUUUCAUUUCCAGGUGCCACAGCUAAGAUGUUGACAUUCAUGGUGAAAAUGCUAAGGACUACUGAGUCUGUGGUAAAGGUUCGAAGACUAUCCACCGUAUCAUCAGUGGUUGCUGCAGCAGGCCAUCUGUUCUGCACGAGAUGGGAGUGGUUCUGGAAGGAUGAGAAUAACAAGUGGCAGUCAUAUGAUACUCCUGGCGAUGGACAUGUUGUCAACACGACUAGCAGUGAGUGUCUUGAAAGAGACUAUCAGGCAGGCAAGGACACUCACCCUUUUGGUGCAUCUCAUCACCAAUAUACUUUGCACUUUAAAAGAUGGUGCCAGAAAAAUGACAAGUUUAAAACAGAAAGGCCCGUGAGAAGGAGGCCUGCAGAGUUUGUGUCCAAACAGAAUAUGACAGACAUUAUCGCUCAAAGGCGCAAAGCAGCUGGUAUGGCCCGACCAACAGGCGCAUCGUCCACAGAGACAAACGGAGUGCCAUCCCACUGGUCUUCUAUUCCUUUUGGCGAGGAGUACUCGUGUGAGAGUUUGUCAAGCAUCUCUGUCGAAUACAAGAAUACUGAGAAGAGAUUCCAAGAUUCAAUGGAUAAGAGCCACAAAAUUGUCUCCAUUCAGCGAGUGCAGAACCCAGAUCUGUGGAUUCAAUAUAAACAGAAAAAGGACCGCAUGGCCAAGAAAAGUGGUAAAGAACCCGAAGAACGCCAACUAUUCCAUGGAACAAACCCCACCACUGUCGAAGCAAUCUGCCAACAGGGAUUCGACUGGCGAAUGUGCGGAAAAAAUGCUACAUUUUAUGGCAAGGGAAGUUAUUUUGCUUCUAAUGCUAAUUAUUCUCACUGUUAUUCCAAGCACGGUGUCUCUCGCGGUAAUAAGCAAAUGUUCUUGGCUAAGGUUCUGGUGGGUUCCUUCACAAAUGGAGAGAAAUCUUUUACAAGGCCUCCUCCUAAAGAUUCAUCCAACCCCCAUGUGUUGUAUGACUCCUGUUGUAAUGACACAACGAACCCUGCAUUGUUUGUUGUGUUUGAAAAUGGGCAGUCUUACCCUGAGUUUUUGAUCACUUACACGUGAUCCGUUCACUCUUAGACUUACUGUCACCUAGCGAACUGUAACGUAACGAAACAUAACGUAACGAAACGUCACUUUCAGUAACUUUGUAUUUACCAGAAUGUAACGAACAACAACGAAACGAAACCUAACGAAACGACACUUAUUGUAGCCACCUAAUGGAUGGUAACGUAACCUGACGUAACAUGACGAACUGUCGAGUAACGCAACGUAACACAACGACGAUACUGCAAAGUAACGUAAGUGUCAAAGGUGUAUACCAACAUAGUUAUGGUUUCCCUUCCCGACCUAAGAUAGAUCGGCUAAAACUCAUUAUUUUCGUAGAAAGUUCUGACAGAUUUUGCAUUUAUCUUAAUGAUAAUUGUAAACAUCCAAAACAGAUUGACUCUGUAUCAUUGAAGAGGAUGCAUUCCUCUAAAUAAGAAGAAAUAAGAAUUUGGUAGUUUUUAGUUUUUGAUACGUGUGUAAGUAGUCCCUGUAGUUUUUUUAGAAAAUUCCAUCAAAGGUGAAAAAAAAAAUGGAUUUCAUUUUUAAUACGUUUACGGGUAGUCCGCACAAUUUCUUAAAAACGCUUUCAAAGGUGGAAAGAAAUAAAGAUAUAAACGAAAAAUGUACAAUAAAGAAAACAACAACAACAAAAGAAAACAAAAGAAAAACAUGAAGGAAGGAAACAAAUAAACGAACAAAACACAUUUUUAAUUUUUUUUUUCAGCAGUAGGGACAAAACUAGGACAAGUAUAUCAAUUUCAUUUGCAAGUACGGUGUACUUACUAUUUUGAAUUCGCUGGUAGCAAAGUACAAAGCUUGAUAGUGACGUUUGUAACGAAGCUAGUCCUCAAAAUCCGCAAAACUUGCAUGCCUUGCAGUAUACAAGGCGUAAAGUACGCUUUAUAAACAGGUAUCACCGAAGCACUUUGGGAUUAGCAACUGCCCUUUCCUGGUUUAUAGUAAGGGCUUAAAAGAAACAACUGAAGGAAAAAGAAACCAAGAGAGGGAGAAGAAGAGAGAGGAAAAAAAAAAAACAAAUGAGAAAUAAGAUUAAAACAAAAUGAAAAUCAUGUAACAAAAUCAAAGAUUUUGUGGGAUGCCAUCUUUGCCUUGUAAAAAUAAAUAAACAGUAGUUUUUAAAACGGCAGAGGGAGUAGGUAAUAGAAAUAACAAAUAAUGACUGGGACUUAGACCAAGUAUACUCCGUUUCACUUCUAGCCGUAUUGACAAAUUCAUUAAAGGUUAAAUAUGACGCCAGUGACUUUUUCUUUUUCUUUCCUUUUUUCAUUGUUCAAUUUUCUUUAUAGGAGUUUAGAUAGGAAAAUAGGAAUGUUAGUUUGAAAUGUCAGCCUUCUCUUCGCCCCUAUUACCCCUUGGGACAUUCCUGGGGGCGUCGGGACUAGGGGAACUCCCCUUACAAAAAUUGUGGUGACGGUAUUUUCAUCUAAAAUCUUUUAAAUUCUUUGGUGGAGAGAAACUGUAUCGUGUUGUUUGUUACCUUGGUUAUCAGUGAAACGGAUUUACUUUUGUAGCUGUAGCUAGAGAGACAUUUCGUCGGCAUUGUAAUUUUUCCGUGUGAUUACUAUUUUCACUGCUUGAACUGUAUCUUAGUGUAGAAGUCUGCUCUGUAAAUUUUCAUUUUUAGCACUUUGCCUAGUUCAAGAUCUUUCUCUGGCCUAUGAACGCAGACCUGUUUCCAUUUGUCGCUUGUUCAUCCUCCUCCUGGUGGAGAAUGGCGACAACCGGAAACACGUAAGCGUUCACGGGCUAUGCUCUCGCCAGACGACUACUGAAUAAGGGAAUAGCAUUUCUUACAGCGUAGAAGUAACAAAACUUGCUAAAUCUUAAGUGUUAAGGCCAAGGUACUCGAGAGGAUAUGUUGUAGGGAAAGGUUGCUGUGCGCAGAUUGUUACCCCGACUGUGUAUUGCUUGGAACUUCGUCUGUUGACUUCUCUGCUCUCGCUCAGUGACUUAAAGAGCGGGCGAUCGAAUGAACGGCGGGGUCGGGCAAGGAAAACUGCGUUUCUCUGGCAACCAUAGCCUGUUCCAGGCGUUCACAAGUGAAACGUAACGUGAUACCAAACGGCGCGAUAGUAGCGAAGAAGUGGAAAAGCAACACCCGCGGAGGUUUGAGUCGCGUAGUUCAUUAACCAACCCGACCCAAACCUCCUUCGUUUUUGCUCGUCCGCUAGUACCGUAUCGCGCCGUUAACUAUUUCGCUUCGUUUUUGUUAAACGCUUGGAACAAGCAUGAAACUGACAACUACCGUUUGUCGCUCGCUCGCUCACUCUUGCUCUCGUCUCUACUGACCCAGAGCCUGAAACAAUCCAAGGAUAAUUUUAGACACGCGAUACGACAUUUAAUGAAAAUCCUGGGUGCAUGAUUUUGUCUCCUCUCCCCCCCGCCCCCUCUUCCAAUUUAAAUCGAUUGAAAAGCAAGCAAUAUAAGCAUAUUUUAAUCCAUGAGAAUUGUUUCACACAAACGACAAUUCCAAUCCGGGAGUCUUAUCAGAAGUUGCAAGGAGAUUGAGCAUCCAACACUCCUAAAACAUGUCUUCCGCAUUUGCGUAGGCCUCAACUGAUCGCUUGUAAAAUUGAAGUGAAUAAAGUCAACGUUAAAGGAAA